AUGGGUUAUCGACCACAAACUCCCAACUGGUCAAACGCUCCACAAUUUUUCCCACAAGUACCUUUGCAGCAGAAUCAAUAUUCACAAAUGGCAGUAAGGAAUGAAACAGCAAUUGCGCAAAUAAAAUUAAUUACAUUGUCACAAAAGGAUAGAGCUGAAGCAAUUCAAUCACUAUCUCAUCAGCGUGAACAAAUUCCUAAUAUAGGAGUUUUGUUAUGGGAAUCACCAGCUUCUGUUGCUGCUUUACUCGAAGAAAUUAUUUCUGUUGUACCACACAUUGCCGCAAUUUCUAACUCACCAGUUACAACACAAACAACUAUAUCUAGCAAUCACGCUGCUAGAGUUUGCUAUGCUCUAACUCUUUUUCAAUCAAUUGCAGUUGCAUCAGAUGAAGUACGUACUCAAUUUUUAAAGGCCGAUAUACCAUCAUAUCUAACACCAUUCCUCCAUACAUUAAAUCAAAGUCGUGAAUGUGAGCACUUUAAGCUUGCUUCUCUCGGAAUUAUUGGAACCAUUGCAAUGUCAAACUCCCAAGAAGCAUUUGACUAUUUGAUUUCGAAAGAUUUUGUUCCUCUUUGCUUACGCAUCUUGAAAUUCAGCAGCGAAAUCCACAAAAUUUUUGCAUCUUAUAUUAUUCAACGAAUUUUAUCAACACAAAGAGGAAUCGAUGAGAUUUGUAAAGAUGCUGAAAAAAUAAAGUCUGUACUGGAUGUUCUCUACAACGAAGUCAAAAUUCUCGUUGUAAAUUACAAUCCAAGAAUUGUUCGUAACAUCAUCUUCGCUUACCAGUAUCUAUUUCAGUCGAAGGUUGCUGUGAGUAUUUUGAGCCAAUAUCAAUUCGACGAAUUGGAUACUUUAGCAAAAAGUCAGAAGUGCGAAGAGUCUUUCUUGAAACUCAUUUACCAACUUGUGAACCACCAGUUCGCCUGA